AUGUCUUCUUCUAAAAUCGGUCUAUUAUUAAUUCACCCAGCUGUUACCACUACUCCAGAGUUGGUACAAGACGUUAAAGAAGGUUCCGUAGAGAGAGGUAUCAAGUUUGUAGAUCAAUAUUUGGUUAACAAAGUUAACGAUUCUUCCAUUAAAUUGAAGCCUUCCACUUAUGAUGUUAUCCACUAUUUAACCCCAGAAAAAUCAGAUGCUAUUUUAUUCCCAAAGAAGCUUAUUCCAGUACUACAAGCCUCUAUGAAACCAGAUGGUAAUUUAUAUGGUCUAAGUGAUGUUUACAAGGUCGACGCAUUGAUUAACGGCUUUGAAAUUGUCAAUGAUUCAAGUGAUUUGUAUCAUUGGGUUAACAAGGCUAAAAUUGAAAAGCCAGUCUCUAAGCUUGUUUCUUUGAAAUCUGCUGGUUCUUCAAAUUCUAGCUCUUCCCUGCCUUCAUUUAAGAAGAGUGCAGAUGCAGGUAAAGCACUACCAUCUUUCAAGAAGUUACCAACCUUCCAGAAAAAGGACGACAGUCCACAGAUUGUCAAGCUAGCUGAUGAUAAUGAUGAGCUAGACGAAGAUCUAGACGAAGAAGUCUUUAGUGAUUUCUCCAAGACUCAGUUCUUCGACGAUAUGGAUGAUGAGGAUUCUAUUGAAGAAGAUAAUUUGAUCUCAGAAAAGGGCCAAAAUAGCGUAAUUACCAUGAUUACGUGCGGUAAGACCAAGACCUCUAGAAAGAAGGCUUGUAAGGAUUGUUCUUGUGGUAUUAAGGAAGAAGAAGAACAAGAAAUUGACAACAUUAGAAGUCAACAAGAAAAGGUUGUUCAAUUCACUGAAGAUGAACUUACUGAAAUUGAUUUCACCAUUGAAGGUAAGAAAGUUGGUGGUUGUGGUUCUUGUUCCCUAGGUGACGCUUUCAGAUGUUCAGGUUGUCCAUACCUUGGCCUACCAGCUUUCAAGCCUGGUGAGAAGAUUAACUUGACCAGUAUUUCUGAUGACUUGUAA